CAUCAUGUCGAAGCGAUCGCUUGUCUUUAAUUUUUGUUGUACUGGGAUUUCAGUGCUACUCUUAGUCUCCAUUUGCUACGCAUUGAAGUGCCGCACCGACGAUGGCCCCUCUGAGGUUGAACUAAAACGAAUUACGCGCAGUUGUAUGCGCAAGAUCGGUGAGAAUGCGCAUUCAAGCAAAGGCGGCUCAAAGAGUUCUUCCAAUAACCGACACUAUGGACCAUUGCACCAAUCGAAUUUCGGCGCGCAGUAUAACAGCAAUUCGAGCUACGAUUAUAAUUAUGAUUAUGAGGAUGAUGAUAACGAUCGCUAUAAUAGCAAUAACAACAAUUAUAACAACAAAUACAACAAUAACAAUUAUAACUACAACAAUGGGAAUUACGAACGCGAUCAAGGCAAUCGGAAUGCGCUGCAGCAACGCAAUCGUGAACGUCAACAAAAUAAUCGCGGAGAUAGCAACAGAUCUGUAUCAUCAGCUUCAUCAGCAGGUGGAAAUAAUAAUGGGGGCCGCCAUGAGAAUGGAAAUGGCAAUGGUGGCAGUGGUGGAGGAAAUGGCAGCGGUAGUGGUAGUGGUAACAGCCAAAGGAGUUAUGGGCAGAGAAAUUCAAACAGUAACAACAAUAACAAAAGUUCCAACAACGACACUGCAGAUGCCGCUUGCGUGGUGCAUUGUUUCUUUGAGGAGAUGAAUAUGCUUAACUCCGACGACUAUCCGGAUCGGUAUAAGGUACAAUAUGGGCUCACGCGCGAUAUGCGUGAUCGUGAGCUACGCAAUUUCUAUACAGACACAAUACAGGAUUGCUUUCAUUAUUUGGAGUCACAGCGUCGACGUGACAAAUGUCACUACUCACGUGAUCUCAUAAAUUGUAUGAGUGAAUAUGCGAAGGUGAAUUGUGACGACUGGCAGGAAUUUAAUAUGGUUUUUAAUUAAAUUAUAUAUGUACACAUAUAUGCAAGUGUGCAUAUGAACUAUAACACAAGGACUUUUUGUGCACCUCAAAGCUAUAAAAAGAAUUU